AUGAAUCAGACAGAAGCCCGCGCACGCAGGGUGCCGACAAAGUAUGCUAUCGAACGUGGGCCACCUACAGCACAAAAAAAUGCUAAAAUAAAAAUUCGAAAUGCAUUUACAAAUUUGGAAUUUUUAUUAGUAUACAAGUUAAUUUUAAGUUAUUUAAAUAUUAAAAACUUAAAUUGCAGCGCGUACCAAAUUAAAAAAAUUAAAAAAAUUUCUUUACAGCGCCUAUCAGGGAUGUACGUUAAAAAAUCCAAAAGAAAAUAUAUGUUAAAGGCUUUGUAA